AUGUCGUCCCUGUUUAUCAUAAUCACGGAUGGGCCGAUACUCCGUGAGUUCUAUCAUAAGAAGUUUACCCUCGCAUCUGAUGUCGACCUUUUCUUGUAUGGUUUGACUGAAGAUCAGGCUGUGGAAAAGAUAAGGCAAAUCGAGAGAAGCAUCAAGAAUUCCAUCUGGCACGAAACGGUUACUGUCAGGUCUAAGAGUGCCAUAACGAUAGCUUCUCAGUAUCCCAUCCGCCAUGUUCAGAUAGUGCUGAGGAUUUACAAGUCAAUAUCGGAAAUACUGACAGGUUUUGAUGUCAAUUGUUCUUGUGCUGCAUACGAUGGUCACCUGGCGCCACGUGCGCUGACAUCAUAUAUCGCGCAAACAAAUCGAAUUAAUCUAUCAAAGAGGUCACCAUCCUACGAAAGCCGCCUCUCGAAGUACGCGUGUCGUGGCUUCGAGAUUUUCUGUCCCCAGUUGGACCGCUCGCGGAUUAAUCCAAUGAUUCUCGGGAGAAGCCCCGCAACUACGCUGGGUCUGGCUCGUCUAUUGAUUUUCGAACAACUGCCAAAAAGAUCGCAACGCGAUAAAUACAUACUCACAAGGUUUGAAAAUCGCGGCUAUCUUAAGUACCCCCGUUCCAGUAUGCCAGCAGAAAAUACCAUGGGUGAAUGGGGCGACGAGGUCCCGGAAUGGAACGAGGAGAGCGACACAAUUGGAGAUGCAGCAGAACCAGUGGUACAAGAAGAAGAUGCAGAAUCAACCUACCAUACAUUUGUUAUCCCUUAUGUGAAGGGUAUUUAUGCGGAGAAGAUUAAGAAAAUCUUGUUCAAUAAUGACCUCAUGUCAAAUUCUGCGUUGUCUGCUAAACACUCUGAUAACCUGGACCGCUUCUAUCGUCAUGCUUUCUUUUUUGGCACAAUUGAAGAAAAAGAAAUCAAUCAAACUUAUGUCUCUGGUGGGCUUACAUUCAUCAAGGAUGACCCAGGACGACAGAUGAUUGGGAGCUUCCACCCUCUGAGCAAAAUUAAUUGGACAAAGUAUGCAAUAGUCGAACAUGGCUUUAAAGAGGUAGAGAGCUGCAUUGUAAAAGGGGCUAUUAAACUGAAUCAUCGCGAUAAAUUGGGAAGAACCCCAUUGCAUCUAGCAUGUAUGUGUUCCACUCCUGAAAUUGUACAGAUCAUGUUAGACAACGGUGCCGACUUAACUUCGCGUUUGGUAAACAGGAAGACAGCCCUUCGUCUUGCAGCUGCGCGUGGUGAGACAAAAAUUAUAAGUGACAAUGGCUUGAGACGAACACCUGUUCAAGCCGAGGAAGAAUGGUACUGCGAAAGCCCCCCUUCUGACUAUGAUCUGGACAAUAUAUAUCCAAAGGAUGAUACAUAUGAUAUCGAUCUUCUUUCAUGGGAUACCAGAGCCUUGCCUCUCCAUCUCGCUAUCAUCCAUGGUCACACGGAUGUAGUUGGAGAGCUUGCCACAUUCGGUGCAAGUACUUACAAUACUCUUAUGCUACCGGCGGUUGAUCUUGGCUCUUUCGUUACCAAAGUAUUGGCAAUUCCUAUGGUCAAGAAACUUUUGGAGCUCGAAGCCCUCGUCAUGGAGACAGAUCCAAAUGGAAGAACUGCUUUCCACUACCUCGCUUAAUGCAAGCACUUCGAGAUUUUCGACAUGUUUUGGGAGUCUCCAAAUCGGAGAGAGCUUCUCCUGUCUACACUUGUUGCUGCUUUAGAAAGUCGAAAUUCCGCCACGUCGUCAAAAAUUAUG